UGGGGCCUCCAUUCCCAGCUCAUCAGGCCGCUGGACAGACAACUGUCCUGCCUGUGCUUCCCCUCCUGAACCCUACCCGCGGGUGAUGGUCCCCUCUGGUUGGACUGUGGCUCUCUGAGGGCAGGGCGGGCCUGAGCGCUCACCGCGCACGCUCAGCGCAGCAGGCAGGGCCGGGGUCCCAGGCUGGCCCAUCAUUACUGUACUGAGCGAAUGAGUUUCCCAUGAGACUAAGAAUCUGGUUUGAUUUGCGGUUUUAUUCCAAGUGCCUGAGGGCUUCAGAAGUGUGUGUUGAGUCCAUCAACAAAGGAAAGAAGGCGUUAGGACGAGAGGAAGUGAGGGGAGUUUGGUCUUUCUAAAAAAUUCCUUUCACAGGGGCCAGCGGCACUUGAUGAUGUGACAAAAACCAGCCUCUUCAACCCCACUGCAGUGACUUUUGCCGGAAGUGGAGCGGUGGGCACGGCCAACCUUGUCGUUCAUCAAUGCCACCCCUGGCAGGAUCUGAGCAUCGGUGGCCGCCAUGCCCCCCCCUGCCCCAGCCGCUCCUUCCCCCCCACGCUAACCUGCAUGGUGUGGGCGCCCUUGGGACCCCCGAGGACUGAUUGUCUGAACUUGCUUCACACUCCCAGUAAGGACUCCCCCAACAUGUCGCUCGAGUGGCUGGUGGCCUGGAGCUGGUCGCUGGAUGGCCUGAGGGACUGCAUCGCCACCGGCAUCCAGUCGGUGCGGGACUGCGACACCACCGCCGUCAUCACCGUGGCCUGCCUCCUGGUCCUGUUCGUGUGGUACUGUUACCACGUGGGCAGGGAGCAGCCCCGGCCCUACGUCUCCGUCAACUCCCUCAUGCAGGCUGGCGAUGCCAACGGGCUGCAGAACGGCUACGUGUACUGCCAGUCCCCCGAGUGCCUGCGCUGCACCCACCACGAGGGCCUCAACCAGAAGCUGUACCACAACCUGCAGGAGUACGCCAAGCGGUACUCCUGGUCCGGCAUGGGCCGCAUCCACAAGGGCAUCCGCGAGCAGGGCCGGUACCUCAACAGCCGGCCGUCCAUCCAGAAGCCCGAGGUCUUCUUCCUGCCCGACCUCCCCACCACGCCCUACUUCUCCCGGGACGCACAGAAACACGACGUGGAAGUGCUGGAACGGAACUUCCAGACCAUCCUGUGCGAGUUUGAGACCCUCUACAAAGCUUUCUCAAACUGCAGUCUCCCGCAAGGAUGGAAAAUGAACAGCACCCCCAGCGGGGAGUGGUUCACCUUUUACUUGGUCAAUCAGGGGGUUUGUGUUCCCAGGAACUGCAGGAAGUGCCCACGGACGUACCGCUUGCUGGGAAGCCUUCGGACCUGUAUUGGGAACAAUGUUUUUGGGAACGCGUGCAUCUCUGUGCUGAGCCCUGGGACCGUGAUAACGGAGCACUAUGGACCCACCAACAUCCGCAUCCGAUGCCAUUUAGGCCUGAAAACUCCAAAUGGCUGUGAGCUGGUGGUCGGGGGAGAGCCCCAGUGCUGGGCAGAAGGGCGCUGCCUUCUCUUUGACGACUCUUUCCUGCAUGCCGCGUUCCAUGAAGGUUCAGCAGAGGACGGCCCGCGGGUGGUUUUCAUGGUGGAUUUGUGGCAUCCAAACGUCGCAGCGGCCGAAAGGCAGGCCCUCGAUUUCAUCUUUGCUCCAGGACGAUGAGACUAUUUCCCAUGCUGGAGUCAGCGAGGGGGCGAGGCGGGGCCUGGGCAGACUGUGGUCACAUCCAGCCUCCACCUGUGUUAUGAUUCCAGGCUUGGAAACCUGCCUCCGCGGAAAGCUCUGAACUGGGAUUUUAUAUCAUGUCGGGUCUCUCUUUCCUUUGGUUAUUGUAAAUGGAAACUUUUCAGCUUGUACUUCCUUCGAUUUUUUUUUUUCCUUCCAAUCAUUUGCUUCAGAGAUUCCUUUCUGGCCUGAUAGCGCAUUCGUUUGAUUCUGUGACCAGAGACUUAGUGGCCUUGUAGGUUGUCUUAUGUUGCUACUUGGUUUUCUCAGUGCUCUGAAAUAGAGUAACUAAAUGGUUAUUUGUCUGAAUGUAAUAAUGUACAAUUUCUUGUGGUCAUCUUAAAAAAAAAAAAAAAAACUCAACUGAAAACUGCAAACCAGGGAGCUGGAGAACUCGGCCUCUGAGGCUGCCACACAGGGGACCGUUCAGCCACCUGAGGGCAGGGGGAGAAUCUGUGGCCCCCACACCCAACUGGCUUCAGUAGCUGGGUGAAGAGGCUGCCAGACACACAGUCAGGGUGGCGCACAGUGUCCAGGCCCAGGGAUACCGUCACCAUCGCUCACCUCACCCUAAACCUUAUCAGGUCCCUGGAAGGCAAAAGCAUUCAGCCGGUGGGACUCUUUAAACGCGGCUUUCCCGCAAAGUUGAAGCUGGUGUCCCUCAGCGCCAAGCUGCGGCUCACACACAUCAGCCACGGAACGUGUGAUCCGCUUACCUCACUGCCUACAGAAACCCUACUGCCAAACUGGGCCUGGAAAAUUCCCAGUUGUAGCUGUUUUUGAGUCCGCGGUGAUGCACCUUCAGACCACCAGGUUGGCUGUCAGGAGCUGGAGUAGCAUAAACCCGCGCUCACCCAGUGACCGUCGGGGAAAGCCUUGCUCUGGCAAAACUGGAAUAAUCGAUCUGACCAAAGUUUCUGUUUUGCUUUGGCGUUCUGUUGCCUCUGAUUUUUUUUUUUCAUUUAUUUGUCUGUACAUAAAUGUUCAAACACUAGACUCGGAGAUAGUGGAAGGAUUGACCCUGUGUCUUUGUCACGGCACAAAGGUGUGCACUGCGUGAUGGGGGUCCAAGCCAGUGUGUCAGUAAAGAUGGCUUGAGCCCAGGAGUUCGAGACCAGCCUGAGGAAGAACCCGCAAACCCCGACAACCCGUGGUCACCGUACUGGCUUGCUGGUCUCCUGUGAAGAACACGCAGCUCUCUUCCCAAAGGAAAAGGUCCCAGGAGACCAGUUUGAGGCACUCAGUCUAGAAAUAGCCUGUGUUAGCUGAUGUGUGAAAGCGCAGCCAGCCAGCCACACUAGAGAUGCCUUUUCUGAAUAAUGUAUCAUGGGCGGUGUCAGAUUUAUAAAGCUGAGGAGUGGUUUAGAAUAUAAAGCUGGUCGCAGGUACAGGUCCAGUGUUUAGAUCCAAAUGGAAACCAGCAGCUUCUAAGAGGUACAGCUGUCCAAAGAAAACACGAUCUGAAAUGCACCAGGCAGUUCCUAGCAAGUGUGCAGAGGACACGUCUACAUUUGAGUGGAAUGUCUAUACAGAUACCUGUCAGCGAUGAGAAUGCGGGAAAAGGCAGACAUUUCAAACACACCUGAAGUCUUUUUACUCAUUAAGUAUCUUGUUAAAGAAUCACUGAGGUGCAUGAUUUCUACACAUCCUGACUGCUCUGCUCCGUGUUCACAAAACCGACAGCACGUGCAGGUACCUGGCUACCUGCAUUCCUGUGACGUGGUUGGGGAACGGAAGAUAAAUAAAGGAUCUUGCUGAAAACCA